AUGGAGGCGCUUGAUUUCUCGAAAACUAACGAUUUUAUUGAGUAUGCCCAUGAACUAGAUGAUACCUGUGGUGCUGAGGCCAACUCGUCGGCGUUCGACGAGGAAGAAGGAGUGGAGGGGGAGUCUGGGGAGUCAAGGGGGAUUAGUAUUCCAAAUGUUGGAUCUACCAAAAAUGAAGCAGCUAAAGAAUUUGGAGAGGUGGAGGCGUCAGAGGAGGUGCAUUCACGCGACGAAAAUCAUAGUGUGGAUGAAAGUGAGGAUGACGAUCACGAGGAUGGUAUCAAUGAGAUUUUAUCGAGUGAUGCAGCACAAACACUUGGGAAUCACACACAAGUCAGCAGCUUAGGUUGGUUAGAGAAAUCAAAACUACCGCCACACAACCAUUCAUCAUGUUUCCCAACCUCUUCGUUUGCCUCUCCUGCUCCUUUUAAUCCAUCUCUACCACACCUAUCUUCCCUAACUAAGGCGCAGGCUACGACAGCACCAACGUAUCCCUCGGUGUUUGGACCUUUCAGCGCUUCUGCGGGAUCGGGUGGUGCUCUUCCUGGGCCCGCUAGUAGCGUUUUCUCUACGUCUGCGAUCUCGACUGAGCUACGCCAAGCUGGGGUGAACCCUGCUGAAAAGGUUACACCAACCCCCGCACUGACCAGUUCAUGUCUUCCACCUGGAGGUUCAAAUUUUUUUGAACCUAAGGGCACUUCAACAGGUAAGGGCAAGGCAAAUUCACAGUUACGCACCUCCAUUGCAGAUCACCCUGCUGCCAUGAAAGGGAAGCCGUUAGAGAUCACACUACACAGUGAUGGCAUAACAUCUUUACAAUCUAAGGCGAGGGAAGACAACAAACCUGCACACGCAGCGUCGACGGAACAGCUUGCAGGAGGCCGCGACUCUUAUUAUCGGAGAAGAGCGGCAACGAAAAGCGUCCUGGAUACCCCCCAGCUCCGAUUCUCAGUGUUUCUAAGGGGAAGCACCUCGGACUGGUCAGGCAUACAUCCGAGUACACGCGAAGGGGAGGUCUUGGAAGGACAAAAGGUGCUUAGACGUUUUGAGCAGGUGGUACCUACAAAUCAUUAG